GAACCUACAAUAAUCAUGUACACUUACCUGUAUAAUAUAUCGAAAAAGAAUGAUAAAGUGGGGAAGGAGCUUUUCUUAGCUUGGGCAGCAUGGGUAUGCAUUUGGACAUCCCUCUUCCUGUUCCUUCUUGCAAUUUUUAAUGCUUGCAAUCUCAUUAGUAGAUUUACGAGGCUAGCUGGGGAGCUCUUUGGCAUGUUGAUUUCUGUUCUUUUUAUGCAACAGGCGGUUGAGGGUUUGCUUGAUGAAUUCCGUGCACCUCAUGGGAGAGAGCAUAAGGAAAGGGGUGAUGAUUUCCUGAUGAUUUACGUGAAUGGCUUGCUUGCUCUUGUCUUCUCCUUUGGGGUACUCUUUACUUCUUUGAAAAGCAUAAAAGCGCGAUCAUGGCAAUAUGGCACAGGAUGGUUUCGGAGCUUUAUAGCAGAUUAUGGGGUUCCCUUCAUGAUCGUUGUAUGGACAGCAUUGUCAUAUGCUGUCCCUAGCAGACUGUCGUCUGAUAUACCCAGACGGCUUGAUAUUCCAUCCCCUUGGGACUCUGCCUCGCAAUCCCAUUGGACAGUUUUUAAGGAUAUGCCAAAGGUCCCCAUUGUCUACAUCCUUGCUGCUUCUAUACCUGCAGUGAUGAUUGCAGGACUUUAUUUCUUUGAUCACAGUGUCGCGUCUCAGAUGGCUCAGCAGCAGGAGUUUAACCUUAAGAAACCUUCUGCUUUCCACUAUGAUCUGUUUUUACUUGGAUUUACAACUUUGAUCUGUGGGUUACUAGGACUCCCUCCGUGUAAUGGAGUCUUACCGCAAGCUCCUAUGCACACAAAGAGCCUUGCUGUUCUGAGGAGGCAGUUGAUCCGAAAGAAGAUGAUAGCCAAAGCUAAAGAAUGCAUACAGCAGGAUGCUAGCAACACGGAACUCUACCAAAACUUGAAAGAUGCCUUUUUAGAGACAGAACCUGUUCCUAAUGUAGGUGCUGCUGUCUCAAGAGAACUAAGAGGGUUAAAAGAGGCUAUAAUGAAUCACAAUGGGUAUGUGAAGAAAAUUGAUCCGGCUAAGCAGAUUGAUGCUCACUUACCCAUCAGGGUAUCUGAACAGAGAUGGAGCAACCUGCUGCAAUCCCUACUCGUUGGCCUCGCUGUUGGAGCAAUUCCCAUCAUAAAAAAGAUACCUACAUCGGUUCUAUGGGGAUACUUUGCAUUCAUGUCGCUUGAUAGCCUUCCUGGAAAUCAGUUUUGGGAAAGGUUGCCACUACUAUUUGUCACCCCAAGUCGUCGAUACAAAGUCUUUGAAGGAAACCAUGCUUCAUUUGUGGAGUCAGUGCCAUUCAAGUAUAUCAUGACAUUUACAGUGUUCCAAUUAGUAUACUUCCUGUUUUGCUUCGGAGUAACAUGGAUACCUAUAGUCGGAAUUUUGUUCCCAUUGCCAUUCAUCUUUCUAAUACCUAUCAGAGAAUACUUGCUUCCUAAGCUGUUUCCAUCUGAGUAUCUGCAAGAACUGGAUGCUGCUGAGUACGAAGAAGUCAUCGCUGUACCUCACAUGUCAAUGAACGCCAGAGAUAAACGAUCUAUAUCUAUAAAUGAUUGUUUAGCUGAAUACCAGGAAAUGGUUCUCUCUCCAAUGCCUAGCAUUCCAGCAACGGAACCAGAACCAAUUGAUGUAAUCGACGAUGGUGAUAGGACUCUGUAUGACGGGGAAGUAUUUGAUGCCAUGACAACUCGAAGAGGCGAACUGAAGCAUAGAAGUAUGAGUUUUCGUAGGUUCCGAGGAAACUCUUUUACUAGAUAUGAAUAGUUAUGUACAGAGCUAUGUAAUACUGAGAAUCUGAGAUGUUCAGAAGUAG